CCGCACCGCCCCGCACCGCCCCGCACCAUGCCCGAGCAGCUCAGCGUGGCCGAGUUCCUGGCGGUGACCGGCGAGGACCUGAGCUCCCCGGCCGCGGCCGCCUUCGCCCCCAAGAUGCACAAGUGCCGGGGGGCGGUGGGGGCUCUGGAAGAGAGCCUGGAUGGGGACCAAGCCGUGCUCCAGAGGAUCAGGAAAUAUGUGAAAGCCAUUCACGUCUCCGGGCUCACCCACGUGGAGAAUGAGGAGCAGUACAGCGAGGCCCUGGAGAGCUUCGGGAACAACCACCUCUCCCAGAACAACCACGAGCUCUCCACCGGCUUCCUCAACCUGGCCGUGUUCACCCGCGAGGUCACCGCGCUCUUCAAGAACCUGGUUCAGAACCUGAACAACAUCGUCUCCUUCCCCCUGGACAGCCUGCUGAAGGGGCAGCUGAAGGACGGGCGCCUGGACUCCAAGAAGCAGAUUGAAAAAGCCUGGAAGGAUUAUGAGACCAAAGUGGGGAAGAUGGAGAAGGAGAAGGAACGAGCCCGUGUGGCCGGGGUCAUCCAGGCGGAGCCGUCCGCAGCCGAGGUGGCCGAGGACAUGCAGAGGGAGCGGCGGCUCUUCCAGCUCCACAUGUGCGAGUACCUGCUGAAAGCCAGCGAGUCCCAGAUGAAGCAGGGACCGGAUUUCCUGCAGAGCCUCAUCAAGUUUUUCCAUGCUCAACACAAUUUCUUCCAAGACGGCUGGAAAGCUGCCCAGAACCUCUACCCCUUCAUUGAGAAGCUCGCUGUGUCCCUCCAUGCGCUCCACCAGGCACAGGAGGAGGAGGUGAAGCAGCUCACGCAGACCCGCGAUUCCCUGCGCAGCCUCCUGCAGCUGGACAGCAAGGAGGAAAACCUGGGCAGGAAGAACUCCGGGAGUGGCUACAGCAUCCACCAGCACCAGGGGAACAAGCAGUAUGGGACGGAGAAGUCAGGGUUUCUCUACAAGAAGAGUGAUGGGAUCCGCAAAGUGUGGCAGAAGAGGAAGUGUGGGGUGAAGUACGGCUGUCUGACCAUCUCCCACAGCACGAUCAACCGUCCCCCCGUCAAGCUGAACCUCCUGACCUGCCAAGUGCGGCCCCACGCCGAGGAGAAGAAAUGCUUCGACCUGGUGACACACAACAGGACAUACCACUUCCAAGCGGAGGACGAGCAGGAGUGCAUUGUGUGGGUCUCGGUGCUGCAGAACAGCAAGGAUGAAGCCUUGAGCAAUGCCUUCAAGGGGGACCCCAGCAGUGGUGGGGCAGCAGCAGGCGGUGGGGCCGAUGGUGGCCUGCAGGAGCUCACCAAGGUGGUCAUCAGCGAGGUGAAGAACAUGCCUGGGAACAAGCAGUGUUGUGACUGCGGCGCCCCGGACCCCACGUGGCUCUCCACCAACCUGGGCAUCCUGACGUGCAUCGAGUGCUCCGGCAUCCAUCGGGAGCUGGGCGUGCAUUACUCCCGCAUCCAGUCUCUCACCCUGGAUGUCCUCAGCACCUCCGAGCUGCUGCUGGCGGUGAACAUCGGGAAUACCCGCUUCAAUGAGAUCAUGGAGGCCACGCUGCCCAGCCAGGACUGCCCCAAGCCCUCGGCCAGCAGCGAUAUGGCUGCCCGCAAGGAAUACAUCGUGGCCAAGUACAUGGAGCGCCGCUACGUGCACAAGAGCGGGCACGAGGACCCCCAUCGCCUCUGGGAAGCCAUCCGUGGCCGGGACCUCCUGGCCCUGCUCCAGGCCUUUGCCGAGGGGCAGGAUCUGGCCAAGCCCCUGCCCAGCCCUGAGGGCCAGGACCUGGGCGAGCUGGCACUGCACAUGGCCGUGCGCCACGCUGACAGAUCAUCUCUUCCUCUGGUGGACUUCAUCAUCCAGAACGGGGGGGCGCUGGACCGGGUGACGCAGGACGGGAACACGGCUCUGCACUACAGCGCGCUUUACAACCAGCCCAACUGCCUCAAGCUGCUCCUCAAGGGCAAAGCCACCUUCACCACGGUAAACGCAGCGGGCGAGACGGCGCUGGAUGUGGCCAGGAGGCUGAAGCACACCGAGUGCGAGGAGCUGCUGGAGCAGGCACAGGCAGAGAAGCUCUCCCUACAGAUCCACGUGGAUUACAACUGGGAGCCUGCCCAGGAGUUCCCCUAUGACAGCGAGGACGAGCUGGAGGAGAAGGUCAGCCCCCUGCAGCGCUCCUUCAAGGGCACGUCACCGCCGGCCACCAGCCCCCAGGCCCGCUGGAGCUGCACGGGGAUGGACAUCACCAACAGGACCUACGAGAGCAUCCUGGUGCCCUCGCGCCCCGCGCCCCGCCGGGCCCACAGCGAGGAGAUCCCCCCCCCGCUGCCCCUCAAAAACCCCACCCGGGGCAGCGCCCGCCCCAAACCCAGCCCCACCGAGCGCCCUGAGCUGCCCUGGCAGGCGUCAGAGCCCCACUUCUCCAGCAGUGGGGGUGCCCUGGAUGGCACCGUGGGCCCCCCCGGCACCCGCAGCCCCACUGAGAGCCGGAGGGCAGCGUACUGGGAGACCCGCUCCGAGACAGAGACCAGCACCCGGCGGGGGCCAGAGCUGAGCCCCACAGCCCCCGACAUCCCCCCCGUCAAGUUUGGCAGCUCCGAGAGCACCCGCUCCUACCGGCGCAUCAGUGGCGUGGGGGGCAAGGCCGUGUCCCCCCAGAGCCCUAUUGAGGAUCCCAACGGGAGCAAGGUGCCCCCUGUGCCCAUGCCCAGGAGGUUCGCUCCGGCGAAGGGGCGGCAGAAGCGGGUGCAGGCGGUGGCUGACUGCAGGGGGGACAAGGCUCGGGAGCUGACCUUCUCCAAGGGCGAGGUGAUCGUGGUGACGCGGGAGGAGGACGAGCAGAGCUGGGUUGGCUUCAUCGAGGGCGAUGGAUCCCGCACCGGAGUGUUCCCAGCCAGCUUCGUGCACCUCCUGCAGGACUGAUGGGUGCCCACGGGCCCUGCACCCUCCUGCGCAGCUCCCGCUGUCCUCAGCAGAGCCGGGACCCAUCCGGUCCCCUUCCAUUGGGAACACCGUCCAUGGAUGGAGGCUGCUGCCUGCCCUGGGGCUGGGGCACAGACCAGGCACGCUCAUGACACGGAUGGGCUGAGAGGGUCCCUUGGUGCCCUCCUGCUCAUCCCUGCGGCUUUCUCCUCUCCUGUCCGCAUGGAUCUGGGGAUGGAGGAGCUGCACUGGGUGCCCCUCACCCUCCUCUGCUGGGGAGCCAUGGACCCCCCUCCCCAGCUUGGGGGCUGUUGGGGGGGACAGGGCUGGGGAGCAGCUGCAUCCCCCCCAUCCUUCUUCCCUACCCCAGCUGUGAAGCCUGGGGGGUGAGCAGGGAAUAGCAAAGGGCUUUCAAUGGCCUCUCCUUGGGGGCCUGGUGGGCUCUGGGGACGCAGCACAAAUCCCAUUCCCUGCUC